GUUCUCUAGAAAUGGACCUCGACGAAGUACUUCCAUGUGUUGGAGAAUAUGGCAAGUACCAGAAACUAGUGCUUUGGUUUAUACUGCUACCAGGGGUGUUUCCAUGUGGAUUCCAUGCUUACAAUCAGCUCUUCAUGGCUGCCACCCCUGACCACUGGUGUCAUGUACCGGAGUUGGGUCACAUGGAGAAAGAAAGUGCGAGAAAUUUAAGUAUACCUCUACAAACUACACUGGAUGGGCAACUUAGAUUCAGCAAAUGCAACAUGUACAACAUAUCUUAUGAAAAUUACACCAAGGCAUCUAAAAAUACCGUUACUGCUCCAAAUAAUGCUCCAACAUCUUCCUGCAAGAAUGGCUGGUACUUUGAUGGAGUAUACAAAUCUACAGUCACUGAGUGGAACUUGGUGUGCGACAGAGACUUCUUGGUCACUCUAGCUUUGGUACUUCUUGGAGCCAGCGGUUUGGUCGGCAACUAUAUCUUCGGCUACAUCCAAGAUGGCAUGGGAAGAAAACCAGCUUACUUCAUAUACUUGUUAAUCCAAUGCAUCUUUGGAACAGCAACAGCAUUUGCCUCGAACUAUCUCAUGUGGGUCAUAUUCAGGAUCGGAGUCGGCUUCACAGUACCGGCCAUUUUGGGCACACCGUACGUUAUGGCAAUUGAACUAGUCGGUCCGAAAUAUAGAGUGACCGUUACCAUCCUGAUCAACAUUGCCUACUCCCUAUCUUUAGUCUCUUUAGCCAUCAUCGUCUGGGCUAUCACAGAUUGGAGGUGGAUGGCCAUCCUCACCACGCUGCCUUUCGCAGCUCUGUUUGUCACUUGGUGGGUACUACCGGAGAGUCCUAGAUGGUUGCUAGCUCGAGAGCGCUACGAUGAAGCAGAGAGAAUUCUUUGCAAAAUGGCAAAAGUGAAUGGUAAAAAUGUCUCCAAAGACUUCCUCCAAAAGCACAUCGCAUCGAAACCGCAGGAUUUGGAUUCUAAGCAGCCUGCAAAUCCAGAACAAGAGAAAUAUGGCAUUCGACAUCUCUUUAGAUACAAAAACCUUCGAUGGAAAACUGUCAUAAUAACUUUCUUGUGGUUUACAAAUACCAGUGUUUACGUAGGUCUUUCUUAUUAUGCCCCAGCACUCGGUGGAGAUGAAUACCUUAAUUUCUUUCUGGCUGGAGCAGUAGAAUUCCCCACUUACCUUUUUCUGUGGCCAGCUAUGGAACGACUUGGCAGAAGAUGGACGUUAUGUAUGAGCAUGAUCGUUGGGGGAACUUCAUGCUUAGCUACUUUUGUUGUUCAAGAAGAUUACUUAACUACAUUAGUCUUGUACUGCAUGGGCAAAAUGGGCAUAUCGUCAUCGUUUGUAGUUCUACCCCUAAUGGCCUCGGAGCUGUACCCAACUGUUGUCAGGGGACUUGGAAUGAGUCUUAGUUCUGUUAUCGGCAUGUUGGGACCGAUUUUUAUACCGUUAGUGAAUUAUUUGGGUUCAGACAUGUUAACACUGCCAUUAAUAAUCAUGGGAGCCUUACUGAUAGCUGGUGGCUUGUGCUCCUUACUACUUCCCGAGACCCUAAACAAACAUCUGCCACAAACUUUAGAAGAUGCCGAGAAAGCACCAUUAGACUGCUUUGUAUGCUGUGAAAUUCCCCAGAAAGAAGAACUCGUCUCGGAAGAAAUACGGGAGACACCAAUUUAAUUAGAUAAGCAAAAUAAUUUCAACUCACGUAAAUGACAUUGUGGAAUGUUAGAGAAAAAAAUGUAUUAAAUCUGCAUGCCGUUCCUUUGAAUCAAAUAAAGUUGUGCAAAAAAAAACCAAAGGUGACACGCCACCUAUGAAGAGUUUCGCUAAUCGCGGUACUGAUAACCCUUAACGCUGGCAUCUCUGAAUGACAGCGUUUGCAUCUAUAAAGUCAAACAUAAAACACCCACCCGAUAGACGUCCCAUUGUCACUCGCGGGGAUACCAGGCACCCAUUUUUUGCAAAAGCUGCACAAACUAAACACAAGCUGAAUAGGAUGAUUGAUUUCCAUAUCUGCGACCAUAACCAACCGAAUACAACAAUAUUUCAUGCUUUUUGGAGACAGAUUCCAUUCAAGCUGUGUCGUGUGUUUAGUUUAUGCAUACAACGUCAAUACACUGUGAGUACAAUGGGACGGAAUGGCGGAUCUAAGUACUGUGUUGUCCGAAGCUUAAAGUUGGCAUGGUGCCUGUGUAUUGGAAUAUCAUGAUUUUGGAAGCAUACGUUUUAUCUACUCUGGGGCACCAUAAACUGCACUCUGGGUCCCUUUGAGUCCCGGAGCUCGACGCACAGUGGCACAGUACGGUAUCGUAGAUCCUCCCCUGAUGGGACGCCGAUGUGGUGGGUGUUUCUUAUUUGGCUUCCUAGAAGCAAACGCUGUCAUUCAGAGAUGUAAUUAAUGCUGACAACGUAAAAGCGUUGGCAGUACCCCAACCCACGAACCCUUGAUUGGUCGCGUGUCACCUUUGGCUAAUUUUUCGCACAUCACAAUAUUGAGUUUUUCAAUAGACCCAUUUCAGAUGUUUGCUCUCCGUUAUCCAUUUACAAACUACUAAC